AUGUCCUCUGACGAGACUCAUAGUUUCCCUCCACCUGAUGGGUCGAACAGACGUGGUGACCGUCUGUCGCUACACGUGCAGGACCCUGGAACAUCGAGAAAUGGCAUUGUCUCGUCAAUAUCUAGUCCUGCUUACACAGACACGCAACCUCGACAAUACAACAAUCCAAAUGGCUCUUCGGGAAUGACACUACCGUCAUCGUCCUACAAUCCUCCACGUCAGCCUAUAAAGAAUGCCGUUGCCUCAGCCUUUCAUCAGACGGAUAGUAGCAUGUCUCCAGACCUGAUACAACUCAUCACGCAAAGCCCUCCUUUGGCGCCUGCUAUGGAACAGGCAGAUAGCGCUUCGUCUUUCCAAAGUUCACCACCAAUGGAUCGCCGAGCAGUCUACACACCGCCGUCGCCAGAUCGUGCAGACGACCAAUUGGUUGAUGCAUAUCCGGCAACGACGAUGUCUGGAACGUCAGGACUGAAUAUACACGGUUACAAAACUGGUCGCCGGAGAGACGUGUCGCCCUUCAGCCGCGUCAGCAACGAUGAAGCCAUCUUGAGCGAUUCAGAUGCGAUGUCGACUCGACUGGAACCACCGAGAAGAGAGGCAAGCAACCCAGAUGUCACUGUCCUCGAAAAACACUGGGGUCAGUUAUUCGACGAGCAGGGGAACGAAACUGAGCGUCUUACUUGCUUCCUUCGUGGAAUUGCCAAUUACCUGAUCGAAGAGUACGAACCGAAGUACAGCCUGGUAGUUACACCUGACAAACUUCAGAACUUUUACGAGAGGAAUCGACUAGAAGAGAGGCCGGAAUUAUAUCCAUGGAAGUUGGUAUUCGACGACAAAACUUCCUCGAUCUCGAGACUGUUGAGGGAUCCGAGUGUCAGUGUACAACACCACCUCAUUCAACCCGCACCGGAUGCCAGACCUGAUAUACCCGGUAUGACACCUGUUGGUUUCGCCACAUGGAUGGCUCUUCUCAUCCGAGCUCACCCCGACCACGAAUUCGAACGUCUGACCAAGAUUCUACGCACUAUGGCAAUCAACCAUCCUGAGGAGAGAGGUCAACGGUUUCCUGCAGCCAUUUCGCGAAAAUCGCUUCCAGCUAGUGGUGACGAGGCUACAGCUGCUAAGCUGGUCGAACUAAUGGCAACUCAUUGCAAAGUGCAAGUCGAUAAUCACCGAUAUAGCACAAUAGCACCAUCAGAACCUCCACUGAGUCCUCGACGGAGUGAAGCACCACCAGCGCCUACAGUGGAAGAUGCCGAAGAUGAGUCCAACUUAUUGUCAACUCAUAUACCUGCUAGCAAUCGAACGUCUUUCGCGUCCAACGCAGACUCGAUCACAUCUAGGACAAUGCCGCCGACUGACGCACGGACCGGUAAAGCACAAUCAGUGACCUCGAUUGAAGACGAAGGAUCUGAUGUGCCUACACCUCAGCCAUCACUUGUUGAAAGGGAAAGGAAGCCAUACGCUGUGCAACCUGGGGUGGGGAAGAGCUACGACAUCGGCUCUGGUGACGAGAAGAUGACACAAGUUGACUUGCCAGGCACAAAUGGUCUUAGUCGACGUAAGAGUGUCAACAACUCUUCGAAGCCUCGUAUGGCUCCUCCAGUCGCCGUUCACCAACAAAAGCCUGGCAAGCCACAACCACCAGUCCAGGAUGGAUACGACCUAACCAGAUCUCGUACUGUUCAACCAGUACCCGAAACCUAUGAUGGCGUUCCGUUGCAAAGAUCAAGAAGUAACAGUGCUUACGCCCAACCACAUCCCAUUAGACGCAGCCGAAGCAAUAGCACAUACGUCAACGAAGGAAGUACACGAUAUCAUCCUAAGCGCUCCCCUUCACUGAACAAGAGUGGGUUUGAAGCACAACAACCACGUGCCACCGCCCCUGAUCUUAGCAACUCGUCUACUUACCAACCAACAGCACCAGAGAGAUACGAGUACGUUACUCGACAAUCUACUUACGAUCCUCGCAUGGACCCUAGGAAGAUCGUCACUGACCGCGAACGAAGUCGAGGUCGCGAUCACGAACCUGUCAGAGUCCCACGACCUCGACUCGCUAGCAAUGCCGGUGCAGACGGCCGACCCUACUUCGACGACACAUACCGCCAGCAGGCCUAUGCAGCAGCAAAUAGUACAGGUCAUGCUGGUGGUGGUCCUUAUCAAUACCCACCAUCGGCAUAUCGCAGGGAGUAA